UGACCACCCUGUGACAGGUCCUUUGUAAAGAGAAGGGUCUCCAAGAGAUCACCCCUCCAGAGAAGAGAAGGAAUGGCAGAGUUGUGAGUUUUAAACUGCUGCUCCACUCGGACCUCUGGGAAGAAGUCUGGCAAGAGCUAGGCUCAUUGGCCCAUAAAAUCCUUCUGGCUCACCUGUCACCUGGGAGGAUCCUCUGGGAAAGCAAGAUGCUCGUCAACAGCACUGCCCUGUCAUUGGCCAACGUCAGCUACAUUACCGUGGAGAUUCUCAUCGGGCUUUGUGCCAUAGUGGGCAAUGUGCUGGUCAUCUGGGUGGUCAAGCUGAACCCCAGCCUGCAGACUACCACCUUCUACUUCAUUGUCUCCCUAGCCCUGGCUGACAUUGCUGUUGGGGCACUGGUUAUGCCUUUGGCUGUUGUCAUCAGCCUGGGCAUCACAAUCCAAUUCUCCACCUGCCUUCUCAUGACCUGCCUGAUGCUGAUCUUCACUCAUGCCUCCAUCUUGUCGUUGCUGGCCAUUGCUGUGGACCGAUACCUGUGGGUCAAGCUCACUGUCAGAUACAGGAGGGUCGCCACUCAAAGAAGAAUAUGGCUGGCCCUGGGCCUUUGCUGGCUUGUGUCAUUCCUGGUGGGAUUGGCUCCCAUGUUUGGCUGGAACAUGCAACUGACCUCAGGGUACCACAGUAAUGUCACCUACCUUUCAUGCCAAUUCCAUUCAGUCAUAAGAAUGGACUUCAUGGUCUACUUCAGCUUCUUCACCUGGAUUCUCAUCCCCCUGGUCGUCAUGUGUGCCAUCUAUCUGGACAUCUUCUAUGUCAUCCGGAACAAACUUAGUCAGAACUUUUCUGGCUCCAAAAAGACAGGUGCAUUUUAUGGACGGGAGUUCAAGACAGCCAAGUCCCUGUUUCUGGUUCUCUUCUUGUUUGCUUUGUCCUGGCUGCCUCUGUCUGUCAUCAACUGUAUUACCUACUUUAAUGGCAAGGUACCACAACUUGUGCUGAAUUUGGGCAUCCUGCUUUCCCAUGCUAACUCCAUGAUGAACCCUAUCAUCUAUGCUUAUAAAAUAAAGAAGUUCAAGGAAACCUACGUCUUAAUCAUCAAAACCUGUGUGAUCUGCCAGCCCUCUGAUACCUUGGACCCAAGCAUUGAGCAGUUUGAAUAGUUAUCUGUGAAAGAUGACUUUCCGUCUCAUUGAGCUUCAGAUUCAGCAUCAAAAGCACUUGAGCGCUUAUCCACCUGGCCUUCCGCCGGGGUGGGCAGCAUCAUACCUCUCUCCCCACUUCAUUUGUCUUCUCUUGUCCUUCUUUAAUUCAGUUCUCUGGGGGCCUGACUUGAGGACAAUGUAUUCUUGAUACCAUGGCCUGUGUUCCUCCCCACCAAACAGAAGGAACAGUUACAGACACUGAAGCAUGCCUCAUUGACUUACUGACAAAAGGCCCUAGUAAUUGGUCUGGACAUGUAUGUGAUGGGGACAUUUCCACUCCAUUGUGGAACUGAGCAGUGGACCUGCUCUUAGGAGAUGUCUGGGAGAUGGUAGUAAUAAAAGGAGUGAACUGAGUUUAAGGGACUUAAACUGCUGAAUUCUCCUGUGGAUGUAUUUGAGUGAAUAAAGAUGACAGCUAA